AUGGCAGAAGAAAAAUCACAAGCAUCAUCAUCAAAGAUGCUCACGCUGAAAGCAUCUGAUGGUGUUCUUUUCGAGGUUGAACUUAACAUCGCAAAAGAGAUGAAAACUGUGCAAGCAUACAUUGAUGACUGCGAAGAUAUUGAAACAAUUCCUAUACCUAACGUAUUGGGCAAGCAUCUUGCUAUAGUAAUCGAGUACAUCAAGAAAACCAACGAAGAAUAUGAUGCCGAAUUCGAGAAGCAAUGGAAUAUGGAUGACUUGCAGUUACUACUCCUUGCUGCAAAUUAUCUCAAUAUAAGCGGUCUUCAGGAAUGUCUAUGCAAGGCCAUUGCCAAACGGAUUGAGAAUAAGAGCCCGGAGUAUGUGCGCAAGGUUUUUAAUAUCGAAAACGAUCAUUCGCCUGAGGAAGAAGCCAAGCUCCGCAAGGAAUAUAAGUGGGCUUUUGAGGGUGUUGAUAAAGAUUAA